GUACGCGCACACAUGCAGGCACGCGGUGGCGCGCGCUCUACUGGACACUGGCUCGCGCUGUCUGCUGUCCUUCUCCAGCCCGAGCGACUUUGGCACUUCUCCACGCAGGUUCUUGAUUGAAUUGGAAACUAACCAUAGAAUUAAUGUACACAUGGUACAGUUUCUGAGGUAAAGAAGACACAACAAAAAGUAAAUAUGAUAAGUCAAGAAUGCAAAACAGCAUGCACAACCUACUGCCCCAAGACAAAAGUUGACUGACUCAGGACUUGUGUCUGAGUCUCAAUGUGUCAGACAAGACAGCGGCCAAUUUCCAGAUUCAGAAGCCUUCGUAGUUAUUCUUUUUAGAACACUCCGCAAUCAAAAAAGGUGUCAGCCAAAACGGCACGUUUUCCUCCUUGGUUCGGGCUGAGAACUAAACAAUGGCCAUGGUGAGAGGAGGAUGGGGAGAUCCCAAUGGGGAUACUAAUGGACUUGGCGACAAGGCUUACCUGAGGGGAGAUGAGGAGGACGGGUCACCACAAGGAGGUGGCAGUGACAUGGAGGCCGGGGAGGAUGAUAAGGGGUGCGUGGUGGACUGUGUGGUCUGCGGUGACAAGUCCAGUGGAAAACACUAUGGUGUGUUUACCUGUGAGGGCUGCAAGAGCUUUUUCAAAAGGAGCGUCCGACGAAACCUUAACUAUACCUGCAGAUCAAAUCGGGACUGCCAGAUUGACCAACAUCAUCGCAACCAGUGUCAAUACUGCCGUCUAAAGAAGUGUUUCCGAGUGGGAAUGCGUAAAGAAGCAGUUCAGCGUGGUCGCAUCCCACCUUCGCAAUCUAGUCUCAGCCCAUCCACAACUCCAGUGGGCGGUAACACUGUUAGUGGUGUGAAUGAUUUCUACAAUGGGCAGCCAGUGUCUGAGCUCAUCUCCCAGCUCCUACGGGCUGAGCCGUAUCCCAACAGCCGCUUCAGCCACCAGUACAGCCAGCAAAUGCAGGGGGGCGGUGGAUCCACCAUGGGAAUCGACAGCAUCUGUGAGCUUGCUGCCAGACUCCUGUUCAGUACCAUCGAGUGGGCCCGAAACAUUCCUUAUUUCCCCGAGCUGCCUGUGUCUGAGCAGGUGGCCCUACUGCGGCUCAGCUGGAGCGAACUGUUUAUUCUAAAUGCAGCCCAAUCUGCUCUGCCCCUGCACAUGGCCCCACUGCUUGCUGCCGCAGGCUUUCACUCCUCUCCUAUGUCUGCUGAAAGGGUGGUGUCCUUCAUGGACCAGGUGCGUGUCUUACAGGACCAAGUGGAGAAGCUGACCCGCCUGCAAGUGGAUUCAGCAGAGUACAGUUGUCUCAAGGCCAUAGCUCUCUUCUCACCAGAUGCAUGUGGACUUACAGACCCAGUUCAUGUCGAAAGCCUACAGGAAAAAGCCCAGGUGGCCCUGACUGAGUACGAACGCAUGCAGUACCCUGGGCAGCCCCAGCGUUUUGGGCGCCUGCUUCUGCGACUGCCCGCUCUGAGGGCGGUGCCAGCCAGCCUCAUCUCUCAGCUCUUCUUCAUGCGGCUCGUAGGGAAGACACCCAUCGAGACACUCAUCCGUGACAUGCAGCUCUCUGGCAGCUCCAUCAGUUGGCCCUAUGUUCCUUGACAGAAAUCAUCGUCAGGUGUGACCACAGAGUCAGUCAGCCACCAGACUACUUUGGCAAACUACUGGGGAUCUCUGGAUGCCUAAUUAAAUGAUUUUGCAUUCACAUCUGAGCUUGCCUGUAUUACCAAAUGCAACUGGGCCAUACUAUGGGAAUUAUCAAUUCACUAAUAUGUUGCUUAUGGUUUGAUCUAUGCUCUGUGAACUGUUUGAAAAAGCAUUCUUCAAAGUUUGAUAAAAAAAAAAGAUUAAAUAUUUGAGGACAAAAAAAAAAAAAAAAAUAUUUGAGGACUAUUUGUAAUCUCCCAGCCAAAGGUAAGAUGUUAGGUACAGUUAUAUAGCGAGUUAUUUAGUGGAAAAUGGUUGAAGAAUAAAACAAGGCCAGAAUGUGUUUUUAUUACAGCUAGCCAUUUUUAGAAUAAGAUUUGAUCAAAUAAGAUCAUUUGGGUGUGAACAUGAAAUAUACCCGAAUGAUAUCAGUCACUUUGGACUGCUGUUGGAGGCACCUGGAAAUCAAGUCGACCUGUUUUGCCACAGUGAUGGGACAUAUUUUUAGAUUUUUAACUCUUAUCAAUUAUAAACCAUUUAUUUGAACUGAGAUUGAAAUUGACAAAAGUUGUAACAACUUUUUGACACAAUAAUUGCAAACUGUAUUUGUUGUUUAAAUGGUUUGUUGACCCAAGACUUACCUCUUCAGGUAUGUUUAUUUUAAUCCAAAACACCUUCUGCAUUUGAGACAUCAAAUGGAUGACAAAUGAAGUAGUCAUGUAUUUUUCAGGUAUAAAACCAGUGAAUUUUUUCUACAUGGAAGUGUAGUUCAUCCUCAUACAGAAGACUAUGUCUUGUUGUAAUUGAUCAUAUAUGGUUUCUACUGCUUUUUGUUUUUCAGGCUUUUACCAUUAAUGAUAAACUGGUAAUGAAGUCACAUUAUGGUGACCAAAAAAAAAAAAAAAAUACCUCUGUUGUCUGAGACAUAAAUAGUCGAUCAAAUGGUGUUUGAUCAAAAUGCAUCAAUUUGAAAUUGUCAACACACCUGAGCUGCUCACUUUACACUAAAGAGGAGUGAUUGAAUAUAUCUGUCUGUUAUGUUUUUUUACGAAGGCCAAUUUUGGCUAGAAAUCGUCACCGCCUGUUCUGUCUUGUGGAGCAGGGCUCUGGUGUGUAUGUUUCACAGGUGACAGCAUGUGGUAUUGGCACUUGUUGUGAGAUGUAAUUUUUCUAGCCUUAUACAUCUGAAUGACUAAUAUUACCUCAUUUAGGCCUUGAAGCAUAUCAGGUGGUCUGAUUUACAAACACAUUGAACUGCACCGUGGACAGGUUUCAUUUUAAUAUCUUUGUGUUUUUAAAUACAUGUGUAUGACAGCUUGAUUAAACAAAAUUAUUAUA